AUGCUAAAGAAUAGUGGUUAUGGUGGUCUUGACGUUGUUACUUUUGGUGCUGCCGUUGGUGUCGCCGCCGAUUCAUCCACCACCCUUUAUUCUUCUGUUUGUUCCCGUUAUGCUCAUGGCGGUUCUCGUAUUCUUGUCACUUAUGCCGGCGGAAAUGCCAAAGGCCGAGGAUGUAGCUUCUGUAUGAAAUGA